UGGGAACUUGGGACCAAACCUACGCCCCAGGAAUCAGUUAAAGAAAAUACCUCAUGCUACAGAAAAUGCAAAAUGUUGGCUGGUUUUAUUAUAUCAUAACCAAGGUGCACACUGCAUAUAAAAAUAGCAAUAAUGUGGGGAAGUAGUGAUGAAAAUCAGUAGUGGUCUUUAAUUCACACAAUUACAAUGUUCACUUUAAAACAUUUUUGUGCUUCGCGUUCCUCAGAUUAGGUGUUCAAUCAAACAGAUUGUGCAAUUUUUGCAAGGAACUGUGAAAGGAAUGUCCUCUCAUUGCUUAGAGCAACAAGUAUGCAAGUUCACCCUGAAACUAAGAAAACAAGCAGCAAAACUUUGAGCAGUCCAGAGUCAUGCACAUAAAAAGAAUGCGUUUUCCACUGCAGUUACAAUUAAUGGCAGUGACAAUGAGUCAACCCGUAUAGUAGUACACUGUAAUUGCACUUAAUACGUCACUUAUCACAGCAUGUUUCUUAGUGUUAGCACGUUAGCUAACCCUGUCCACAAUGGCAAUGCCGUAGGACUUGUUUGCUUUUGACCACACGCCACCCAUCUGUGUUUGCCACGCUGCCAGUUUUUAAAUGUGAGGUAAUCAGACACCUGUAACUGGUGCUACAGGUUCCCUCCCAGAAAGGGUGGGACCUGAAGGAAGGCGUCCACAGACUGGGUAGACCAGUGAAACGCAGGCCCCCCCUCCGCAACCUGCAAGUUUUUUUCCCUCAUACAACAGUCGGCGGGACUUUUCCUUCUCUCUAAGACAGAUUGCUAAAGACGACAAGACGUUAACCAAAAGGAAAAGCUCAGUCAUGGACCAGAGACUUUACGGCAGCGCUAAAAGUAGGAUAAUCCACAUCAUCAAUACGGAAAGUACGGCUCAUAUUGUGGGAAUCGUAGGAAAUACUUUGUGAAAGUUGAACUCUGCUCUCCUGAAGAUUACAACAGGAUAGAUCAAGCUAUUGAACCGAUUGACAUGACACAAGGAACAUUCUCAUGGAACUUUUUACAACUAGUAGUAGUCUUUCUUUGACCCAAUGAAUGCCUUUUACUUCAUAUUCAACCUGUCACACAAACAGUAGCAUUGUUUGGAGAAGGUAAGGGGAGAUUUGUCCAUACAAAGACCUUUUGUUUCCUGCCAAUGUUGAAGGUGGAAUAGGAGCAGCUUUGGGCCUCGCAGCUUGGACGUUUUGCCAAAACUGCCAGCUAUUUUGUGAUUUUAUUUCACCCAUGCUAACGUGAGGUUUGAUUGAGAAUGGACAAUCCAAGUCAUCUCUCAGAAGCAAAUGGGUCAAAGCCCUCUGCCUCAUUGAUAAAUGUCUUUAGCAAUCUCCUCACUAAGGAGAGGUCAGCGUCAGAUGCGCAGCCUGCUGUCUUGACGUCUUUUAAGGAACUUUCAGAUGUUGAAGAAUGCAAAGCUCUACAAAGAGAAGACAGUACGGAUGUAGCUGAUGUUGGUCAAUGGAAAAGUCACCGUCCAGAUAAAAUGGACCAGGAUACCGUCCUGGUAACCAGAGUGGACACACACAGUGGCUCUGAAGAUGAUGGGGAUGGGGCGGGGUUUAAAAGCAGAAACCAGUCAAAGAAGCUGGUCAUUAUCAGGAAGCCGAGCCUACCUGAGGAUAGCAAGGAUUCGAUAUUCCGUAAGGACGAAGAUGUAGAGCGAGACGCCACUGAGGCCGAGUCGCAUGUUCCGGAGUUUCGAACGCACGGGUUUAGGGUGUCACCUUCAGAAUCUUUUUUAUUUGCGGACAGGUUCAGUCGUAAAACCGACCUUCAGACAGCCCCGACCUUCCCGAGUUCCAGUGAUGACACAACUAGUGUAUUUAACAAAGUAUCGAACACAGAAGAGGACAACUAUGAAGGAGUAGAUUGUUCUCUGCCUGUUCCCUCUAUCAUCAUAAGUGGGAGUACAGCGACAUUACAGAAAUCUGGGCCAAAUGAUAAUGAUCCACAUUCUGAACAAGUGAUUCCCGGUUUAGAGGAGCAGUCGGACAACGUGGAUAAAAAGAAAUCGACAUUGCUCUCAUCUGCUAAUCUCCAAUCAAAUGCCAAAGUUUCACCCGAACGUUCCAUUUCACCCAAGACUCCAGUUGCGUCAUCGUCGCUCUCGACGCCUCCUUCUUUUCAGAUGCCGGCGCUCUUUAGCGGUUUGCGGGUCCUGAAGAAAGGAGCGGUCGGGGAUGAGAGAGAGACCGUGUCAGAGAUCAAGCAGAGUGAAAAAGAUGCCGACUUGGCGUUGCUCAGCCUAAAGAAAACGGUCAACAAAACCAAGCUCCUACCCGAGCAGAAGACAUCCGCUCCAACCAAGAAGCACAUUGAGCCGAAACCCCUCUCAGAGAAUCUGAGGAAUAGUUUGGGUAUAAACAAUGAGGCCAAAACCGAUGUAGAACCUGAUAAAAAUAAGGACUCUGAAGCUGGAGAUGAAAUGUCAGGCGAGAAACCCUCCAAUCCUGAAGUCAGGAAAACCUCCGACUUGGCGUACGAAGCUUUUCGGAGCAUUUUCGGCCCUAAAUCGGUUAAAAAAGAUAAAACUGAACCUGUGGAUCUGGAAGCGGUGAGAAAGAAGAUUAAGAAUGACAAAGAAAAUCUGAGAUCCAUUUUCGAGAGAAACUCCAGGGAACUGAAAGCUCCAACAGACGCUAACAUGGAGUCUACGUCACCUGCAGACAGUGAGGACCGGACUCCGGGCCGUCUCCAGGCUGUGUGGCCACCACCCAAAUCCAAAGAUGAUGAGGAAAAAGUUGGACUCAAGUACACAGAAGCAGAACACCAGGCCGCCCUCUUGCAGCUCAAGAGAGAAUGCAAGGAAGACUUUGAGCGAAUGCAUUCUGAUUUUGAGCUUCAGAUCUUCCAACUUCGAGGCGAGCACGCCGUUUCAAUAUCGACCCUUGAAGGUACCAUCUCCAAAUUGCAAAAAGACAAGGCCUACAACGUUGAGCGCCGAGAGACCCGAGACGUGGCAGUGUCCACCGCGGACGACCCGACCAUCAAAAUCGGCCGCACUGUGGGCAUCCAGACGGACAGAGAGACCUUCAUCAAGAGCCCGGAGAGUGAGGCAGGUUAUCACGGUCAAGCGUCCAGCCAGAACGUUCCAAAAAAACUUAACUUGGAUUCUAUCGAACACAAUCUGGGCUUUAAAACAACUUUGGGGAAUGCUGGAACGGCCCCGCCUCCGCCGACCCUAUCGGGUCCCCCAGGACCGCCGCCUCCCCCUGCGCCUCCACUGCCGGGUGUUAUGGGAGCGCCGCCGCCACCGCCACCGCCGCCACCACCACCGCCUUUACACGUCGGGGGUGGCCCUCCGCCGCCACCACCGCCUCCCCCACCUCCUGGUCUACCUGGAGCUGGCCCCCCGCCUCCUCCCCCUCCUCCGGGCGGCGCCCCACCACCACCUCCGCUCUUCGGGGGGUUCAGCUUAAGUCAGAAGUUGGAAAAGCCCCCUAGAAAGCCUCCUAUUGAACCCGCAUGUCCCAUGAAGUCCCUCUACUGGACCAGGAUACAAAUCUACGAUGAUAACAACAACACGUUGUGGGGCUGCCUGGAGGAGCCAGACAUCAUGGAUCCAAAAGAGUUUGAAGAUCUUUUCUCCAAGGCCACGCCUCAGCCAUUGAAGAAGCCCUUGUCUGACACGUAUGAGAAGAAAGCCAAAACAAAGCAGAUAAUCAAGCUGCUGGAUGGGAAGCGUUCACAAGCUGUCGGCAUCCUCAUAUCGAGCCUGCAUCUGGAAAUGAAAGACAUCCAGCAAGCUGUUCUCACUGUGGAUAACUCCGUGGUGGAUUUGGAAACCAUUGAAGCUUUAUAUGAAAAUAGGGCUACUGCUGAUGAGCUGGGCAAGAUCAAGAAACAUUAUGAGACUUCUAAAGAAGACGAGGUCAAACUGCUGGACAAACCUGAACAGUUUCUCUUUGAGCUCUCCCAGAUUCCCAACUUUGCCGGCCGAGCCCACUGCAUCAUCUUCCAGUCACUCUUCCUCGACACCAUCUCCUCCAUCCGCUCCAAGGUGGAGAUCAUAAAGAACGUAUGCAAAGAACUGCUGGAGUGCAAACGUGUGCGUGAGGUCAUGGGCCUCGUUCUGGCCUUUGGGAAUUACAUGAACGGAGGCAACAGGACGAGAGGUCAGGCUGAUGGCUUUUCGCUCGAGAUCCUUCCCAAAUUAAAGGACGUUAAGAGCAGGGACAGUCACAUCAGUCUGGUGGAUUACGUGGUUUUGUCCUACCUGCGAAAUUUUGACAGCAAUGCCGGUACAGACAAGAGCGUGUACCCUUUGCUGGAACCGCAAGAUUUACUCCAGGCUGCGCAGGUCAAAUUUGAAGAUCUAUCGAAGGACCUCAGGAAGCUGAAGAAAGAAUUGACGGCUUGCGAAGGAGAUGUCCAGAAAGUGUGCGCUGACUCAGCAGAGGAACACCUCCAGCCGUUUAAAUGCAAGAUGGAGGGCUUCAUCUCCAUGGCUCAAAAAGAACAUUCUGCUGAGGAGGAACGCUUCAAUGCUGCGCAGAAAAGGUUCCAGGACAUGGUGAACUACUUUGGGGUGAAGCCAAAGUCAGGAGAUAAAGAAGUGGCGCCUAAUCACGUCUUUAUGCUGUGGUACGAGUUCUGCAACGACUUCAAGAACGCUUGGCUGCGCCAAAGCAAGGCCAUCUCCAAGGAAAGGUUGAAGGAAGCUCAGGAGAACAUCAAGAAGAUCACAGCCGACAAGCGGGUGGAAACCAAGAAAAUCAACGCCAACAGUCUGAAAGAGAGGCUGCGGCAAAAGGAGUCGAGCGUACCAUCCGCUUGAGCGACGCGCCAAGAAGGCCGAAGGAGAAUCUCGUCCGUCUGGCGCGCUGAGACCUGCUUGUGAAAGGUCUCACUGGGCCAGGUGAUGCUUCUGCUGACUGUCCGUCAGGAGAUUGGACUCGCACAUUGUUUGACGCACUUUACUGCUAGGUUCUAUGUGCUCCCUAUUCAAAGAAAGUCUAUUUAUCUAAGAAAGGAUUUAUUUUAUGUACAGGUCGAAUGGAGUAAAAAGUAUAUUUUAGCAUGCACGAAAGCCACGAUCGUCCUAAUACCUCGGAGUACUUAGAAAAGCGCAUGUGUUAGUGACCUUUUUACCCUCCACCCGUGCGUGCCAUUUAUUUUGUAUGAAAAUCAAAAUAUCGCAAAAGACGAGAGGAGCCGCUUUCCGAUGAUGAAAGCAACUCGGUGGUUUUAUGGAAUUGUUUUAAAUUUCAAGAAUAAAUUCCCAGAUGCUGACUAACAGAAGCGCUUCCUCGAUUUGUCGCGAUGGGGAAUUCUGACAUUGGAUAGCGGAGUAAAAAUGAGGUCAUCGAUUCUGCCUUCAUUUUUUGGGAUACCUCAAAUAAACCAAUCAUCUGGUAAACAUGUGGAACUCGUUAAGACGGCUUUUGUUUUUCAAGCUAUCAAAAUGGAUAAUGUUUCUUUAUCUGCUGCUGGCCCGUUUACUAACGUAAUUUUGGUUUACUACUUUGCAUCAUAACUUUUUUGAAGUCAUUCCAAAAAAAAUUUUUUUUUACAAACCGUGUACUAAACAUUUAUUGUUGAUUCAUUUUAAGACAAACUAAAGAUACAUGACGAAUCGAAUUUAUGAACAUCCAUAGAAUUCAUAAUGUAUUGACGGGACAAGGGGCAUGGGGCCGAUUCAUAGGGGGCCUAUCUCCGUCAAAGCUGACUGUAUGGAAACACAAACAAAGACCUUUUUACCGUUAUAAAUUCUUGUGAAUAAAUGCUUAAAUCCCUGAAUUCUUUAUGGGUAUCGACGUAAAACAGUCUUGAUUCUUGGUUAAAAGCAAAAAAAAAACAAAAAACAUGCAGUUAGCAUUUAUGUAAAUAUUGCGAACUAUGAUGCCAGUCAUUAAGCAAAUUAGCGGCCGCCUUAUGUAAAACAAAGAGCUUUUUCUGUUGAAAAUUCUUGUGAAUAAAUGCUUAAAUUCCUGAAUUCUUUAUAGACAUGGACGUAAAACAGUCUCGAUUCUUGGUUAAAUGCAAAGAAACCGUGCAGUUGGCAGUUACUUUACGUAAAUAUGUCGAAUGUGCUGCUAGUCUUUAAGUCACUGUGACGGCCCCCUUAGUACAAGAGCUUUUUGUGUUGAAAAUUCUUGCGAAUUAAUGCUUUAAAAUCCCUGAAUUCUUCAUAGAUAUGCACGUAAAACAGUCUUGAUUCUUGGUUAAAAGCAAAAAAAAAAAAAAAAAAACAUUCAGUUAGCAUUUAUUUUAUGUAAAUAUUGCGAACUAUGAUGCUAGUCAGUAAGCAAAUUAGCGGCUGCCUUAUGUAAAACAAAGAGCUUUUUCUGUUGAAAAUUCUUGUGAAUAAAUGCUUAAAUUCCUGAAUUCUUAAUAGAUAUGGACGUAAAACA